AAUUUUCUUCUUUCAAUGCAAUCUGAAGAAGCCUUGUCUUUGUCUGCCAUGGAUGUUUUCUUGGAUCUCAAUUUGGAUCCUUCCCCUAAUUAUGGAUCAGCCAUGGAUGUGGGUCUUGAAAAUUCAGAAAAAAGAGGGUUUGAAGAAGAAAUCUUUUGGGAUAAAACAAAGCUCUCACUAAGCUUGCAAAAUAAGGAAUUCGAUUCGGGGCGAACAUUGGAAGAAGAGUUGGAUAGAAAAAUCAAGGAGAACGAGAAGCUGAGUCAAAUGUUAAGAGUAAUGUACGAAAAAUACAUGAAUCUUCAAAAGCAAGUGAUGUGUUUAGUGAAGGAGCAGAAGCAGAACUCAGAAUUAGUAGAAGCUGAAGAAGCAGUUUCAAGGAAGAGAUCAAAAACAGAAGGAUCAGAGAAUGAUCAAAAUUGCAGUAAUAAUAAUAAUCACACAAUGGAUAAUGAAGAAGAAUUCAACAGGUGGCUUGUUAAGAGGCCAAGACUACUAAAUCCAAACUCAAAGGUUUCAAAAGUUUUUGUGCACAAAGAAGCAUCAGAUUCAAGCUUGGUGGUGAAAGAUGGUUAUCAAUGGCGGAAGUAUGGCCAAAAAGUUACUAGAGACAACCCUUCUCCCAGAGCUUACUUCAAGUGCUCCUCUGCACCAAAUUGUCCCGUCAAAAAGAAGGUGCAAAGAAGUUUGGAAGAUCCAAGGAUUUUGGUGGCAACUUACGAAGGAGAACACAGCCAUGCCAGCCAUUUUCAAACUGAGCUAUCCUUGAGGUCCAUCAAUGGCGGGAAAGCCAGCUCAGUCCCGAUUUUAGCCACCAUCAAGCCGUCGUGCGCCACCGUCACCCUCGAUCUGAUCCAUGGAAACGGCAUGUCGUCGUUCAAGAGCCCGACUCCGACGACAACGGUCGAAACGGCGGUUUGGCAGCAGUUUUUGGUCCAACAAAUGGCCUCCUCAUUGAAGAAGGAUCCUGAGUUUGCUGAUAUUGUUGCAGGGGCAAUCUCAGGCAAGAUUUUGGGCCAAACAAAUAAACAUCACUGUUAAACCUAAGUUUAUUUAAUUAUUUUAGGCUUUUGUGAAUACG